AUGGCAGAAACAGUUCUCUCUUUUGUGCUGGAUCAACUCUCAACUUUUCUGCACGAGGAGGGACGACUGUUGGGUGGGCUUCGGCAAGAGGUCCAAUUCAUCAGGGAUGAGUUGGGGCACAUGAGAGCUUUCCUGAGAGAGGCAGAAGCAAAAGAAGAAGAUGCUCAACCCAGACUCCAAGAAUGGAUCAAGCAAGUACGAGAAGCAGCUUAUGACACUGAAGACAUUCUUGAUGAAUUUGUAGCUCGCUUUACUCGGCAUCGCGCAACAGGAUUCUACGGCUCUGUUCGGAGAAUUUUCAGCUCCAUCAAGAAUUUGAGAGCUCGUCAUCGAGUUGCUAGCGAAAUAAAAAGCAUCAAGUUCAGAAUCAAUAGUAUUUCUGAAGGUCAUCAAAGAUACCAAUCCGAAUAUGGUAUCUCUGCCCAGGCGUCCAACUCCCUUUCUGCUGUGAACAACACAACCUGGCGCCAUAGCAGAGAUGAUGCGCUGCUUGUGGAAGAAGCUAAAUUGGUUGGCAUUGACCAGCCCAAGAAACGUCUUAUUUCUCAGCUCCUCCAAGGGGAUGAUUACCAACUGAAAGUUGUUUCAGUGGUUGGUAUGGGAGGACUUGGCAAAACUACCCUGGUGAAAAGAGUCCAUGAGGAUCCAGAAGUCAGAAGGCAUUUCCCAGUUCGUGCUUGGGUAACUGUCUCUCAAACAUGUGACUUUCAGUACCUCCUGAAAGACUUGAUUCGGCAAUUGCACAAGAAAGGGAAUAAACAAGUCCCACAAUUGAUCGAGUCUUUGAAUAUCACCGAGCUGAAAGAAUUUGUCAAAGAUUUUCUUCAACAAGCUGGAAGGUAUGCAAUUGUUUUUGAUGAUGUAUGGGACGUGGAAUUUUGGAAUACCAUCCAAUUUGCACUGCCUGAGAGUAGCCGUGGCAACCGUGUCAUGCUAACAACUCGAAAAGCUGAUGUAGCCUCUGCCUCUUGUACAGAAUCUCUAGGCUUUAUCCACAGAAUGGAGCCACUGUCCUCUGAAGAUUCGUGGACCCUGUUUUGUAACAAGAUCUUUAAGGGAAAUAGUUGCCCUGGCCAUUUGAUGGAUGUUGCAAAAGGUAUAUUGGGUAAAUGUGAGGGCUUGCCCCUUGCAAUUCUUGCAAUCACUGGGCUUUUGGCUUUGUAA